AUGCUUAUGUGGUUGCUCAUGGUUGUCAUUGCUCAGCUCUCAUCGGCAUCAAUCAGAUCACGUCGCCAGGCAGCGCUGGCCGUCAACCAGCAGGAAAUACCUAUCACUCUGAGGUACUUCGAAGGCCGCAUUGCUUAUAUAUUUGUGAUUUUCGUGGUGCAUAUUCGUUGUCCAAACCAGCGUGUAUCUGGCCAGGAACAACCAUUCGAUGUUUUCAGAUCUAUAAUCAGUUGUCUGGUUCCUGGAAUCCGGGAAUAUCUCUGCCUUGGACCACGUAUCGAAAUCUUGAAGAAGGAACAGAUUGGUCUAACCGAGAGAAAAGGUGCCGCAUAUGGUUAUGUCGACGGGGUAGAUGUUAGGCUCCUCAAACCGUUGACUUUGCCGAUGAUUAACGACAAAACGGAAGUCGGGGAUCACUGGGGAGCCGUCGUGGACGUAACCGAUCGCGACGGCGUGGUCGAGUUUGGCGAACGACUGAAGGUGUUUAAAGCACUCCAACUAAACAAUGGUGGAAUCACCGAAUGGGAUCGUCAUGGUGCCGGAGUUGAUAUUGGCUCAAGGGCUUCUGCUGCUGAUGAUCUAGUAAAGCUAAGAUGGACUCUGUUCGGCAUAAAUGUAGGACCGACUUCUUCUAGGACAAUAGUCGGUCCUAGUCCAACAACAUUAGGUCGUUCGAAAGGUUCAGCACUUAAAGCUCACACACCACUCUCCUCGUUUUAUCGUAACUACUACAAUAACCACGGCGACUGGUAUCGCAAUCAGUUCUAUCGACAAGGAGACGAGCACAAAACAUUCGUCCAGCGGACAUGUCCGUGGUGUUAUGCAGUUGACAGUAAAUAUCCAGUGCAACAAUUAUUUCCUUCGAAGAAAACUGCAAACUAA